GAGAAGCCAAACUUAGUCAUCCCUCUGGAAUCGCGAAGAGCGCCCGGCCAGCGGCGGGACUGCACGCGCUGCUCAUGGCUCUGUACGAGCUCUUCUCUCACCCCGCCGAGCGCGGCUACCGCGCGGGGCUCUGCUCCAAAGCCGCGUUGUUCCUGCUGCUGGCCGCCGCCCUCACCUACAUCCCGCCGCUGCUGGUGGCCUACCGGAGCCACGGGUUUUGGCUGAAGCGGAGCAGCUACGAGGAGCAGCCGACCGUGCGCUUCCAGCACCAGGUGCUCCUCGUGGCCCUGCUGGGGCCGGAGCACGGCGGGUUCCUGGCCUGGAGCACGUUCCCCGCCUUCAACCGGCUGCAGGGGGAUCACCUGCGCGUCCCGCUCGUUUCGUCUAGAGAAGAAGACAGGAACCAGGAUGGGAAAAUGGACAUGUUACAUCUUAAGCUGGAGCUUCCUCUGCAGCCCACAGAGCACGUCCUUGGUGUGCAGCUCAUCUUGACCUUCUCCUACCAAUUGCACAGGAUGUCAACCUUUGUGAUGCAGAGCAUGGCAUUUCUCCAGUCUUCCUUUGCUGUUCCUGGGUCCCAGUUGUAUGUAAAUGGAGACCUAAGGUUGCAGCAGAAGCAGCCGCUAGGCUACAGUGGCCUAGAUGUCCGAUAUAAUGUGUCUGUGAUCAAUGGGACCAGCCCUUUUGCCUACGACUAUGACCUAACCCACAUUGUUGCUGCCUACCAGGAAAGGAAUGUUACCACCGUCCUGAAUGACGCCAACCCCAUCUGGCUGGUGGGCAGGGCCGCGGAAGCUCCAUUUGUGAUUAAUGCUGUCAUCCGAUACCCUGUGGAAGUCAUUUCUUACCAGCCAGGAUUCUGGGAGAUGGUGAAGUUUGCCUGGGUCCAGUAUGUCAGCAUCUUGCUCAUCUUCCUCUGGGUGUUCAAGAGAAUCAAAAUAUUUGUGUUUCAGAAUCAAGUGGUGACUACAAUCCCUGUAACAGCAAUGCCCCCCGGAGAAGUCUAUAAGGAGCACUUAUCCUAAGAAGACCUUUCUGAAGACUCAGCAGAUCCGAGGCUACCUCACUGUUGUCUUCUGAGAACUGCCGUGUUACCACAUUUCUGAAAACAGUGCGGUGGACACGUGAAGGCUUACAUAAGAGUUUUUCCCCUCAGAGACAAAAGACAGUUCUUUCCAAUCUUGCUCUACACAAAUCCCAUAUUUUCUUAAGUACCAACAAAAUUGUCAGGGACUAGUUUGUGGGAAGGUCAGAAGGUUCCCCGAGGCUAUCAUUCAUUUUUGUUUUUGUUUUUAGCCUUACCCAUAGGAGAAAAUCACAGUUCUGACAUCUUGGAAAGAGUCCCAUCUCUGGUGGAGGAAAGACUUUUCCUCUUUUGAACUGAGAAGCCCUGUGCUUUCCUCCCCCUAUUGUAAGCCACUCUUUACUCUGUUCAGGGCUUUCAUGAUAAAUAUGCUAAUCCCUAGCACUUGCUACUCCUGGGUAUCUACAGUUCCCAUUCAGAGCUUUGAUUUCUAGAACAUAGGCCUUUAACUGGAGAACUGCAAGGGGAGGGCACAGCACAAGAGCAGCGAAAGCCUGUGCAGAGGGUGGGCGACUUAAGGACACUGGGACAGUCCACCUGCCUCAGCCUAACAGACGCCGUCUGUCACCAGCUCAGCUGAACCACCCUCUCUCCCUGCGCUACAGAGGCUGGCUCUUUGCCCUGCCUCUUGCCCUCUGUCUGUGUCCCUGGAAUGGCAGGCUGAAGUCAGAAGUGCUGUUUCAUUCAGUCCCCCCAGCAGCAGUGGGGGACGCAAGGGUUGUAACAACAGGUCCUUUCUCUCUGGCCCUCACCCAACAGCCUGGACCCUUGCCACUCCUUCUCCUUGACAGCCCUCCCCUUUCCUGAAAGGACGUGGGUGACAGAGGAGUUGUUGUUGGUGUUGGCUCCCACUGCCUGACAACCGCAGGGUUUAUUUGGAGGGCUAGCAGGAAGCCCAGCUCCUCACAUUCCCCUUGACUGAGGAACUGGGUGCCCAGCAGAGGGGUGCUUUGGGGAGGACAGGAGGAGAAGCAAGGGAAGGAAUAGGAUGCUAGCUCAGGGAGUCCUGUCCAGGCUGGCCAGCAGCUGCAUGAUAAGCUGCCAGCUCUUCCAGGCAGGGAGAGUGGGCUUCUGCUGUACACGGAAGACGCCAUUCAGCCCCAGUCUCACCCUGAGCAAGGAUACAGUCUGGUCUGAGGUCUUCUGCUUUAUGAUCCCCACCACAUCAUAGCACUGGAAGGACAGUCCCCUGUGACCCAUGCUUCAUGUCCACUAACAAACACCCCUCUGUGUAUGCCUCAACUUACUUUGGAGAUUCAAUUCUUAUUUCCAAAGCAUCUUUUCUUUCAGGCUGACCAAAAUGAGAUUGUUGGAAACAGCUAUGUUGAAGUAUUCAGGCAGGAAAAUUCCCGAACACUAGUUUCUCUGACUUCUUUUAAAAUAUUUAGAGCUAGUUAUAUGCCUACAUAUUUUUCCCUUGAGAUAUAAAUGAAAAAUGGUUUCUGGUUUAAAUCUCAAAUAGGUAAUGCGAUAUGGAAAGAUGGCUGAAGAUAAGCAUUGCAUUUUAUUAAAUUAUUCUAAUGUGAGAUUUAUAUGGAGAAUUAAUUAUGUUUUAUAACUUUCUAAUUAAAAUAUUCAAAAUGGAA